ACCGGGAAAAGAAAAAGAAAAGGAAAAAAAAAAAAAAAAAAAAAACACAGAGCAGAACACAUACCUUAGUUCGUAGAUUUAUCUUCUCUGUAAUCUUUCUUCAGCUUUCGGAAAUGUACGGACAAACCGCAAGUGAGGCCGAUUUUGCCAAUCUUGAAUCGAUUCGAAGGCAUUUACUAGGAGACUCCGUGGCUUCUUGCAAUAAUUUCACACCUGCUCUUCCUGCUGCUACUCCUGUGUAUUGCCGGAGCUCAAGCUUUGGCAGCUUGUACCCUUGUUUAACGGAAAAUUGGGGCGAUUUGCCCCUCAAAAUCGAUGAUUCUGAGGAUAUGAUGCUUUACGGCGUCCUCCGCGACGCUCUCACUGUUGGCUGGGUCCCUUCCCUCAAGACUGAGCCGCAGCCGGAUUUUACUCCUGUCAAAUUGGAACCGCAGGAGAAUUUUUCAGUGUUGCAAGAGAGCUUUACAGCUCCGGCAACUAUUUUGCAGCCGCCGGAGAGGAUUGCUACACAAGCUGCAGCUGCUACGCCUGCAGCGGCGCCGGCAAAGGGGAAGCAUUAUAGGGGAGUCAGGCAGCGGCCGUGGGGUAAGUUCGCUGCUGAGAUUCGAGACCCGGCAAAAAACGGUGCCCGGGUUUGGUUAGGGACAUUCGAGACAGCAGAGGAUGCGGCUUUGGCAUAUGAUCGGGCCGCUUAUAGAAUGCGUGGCUCUCGGGCUUUAUUGAAUUUCCCUUUGAGGGUGAACUCCGGAGAGCCGGACCCUGUGAGAGUGACUUCGAAGAGAUCUUCACCAGAGCCAUCAUCUUCGACGUCAUCGGGGUCGGGAAGUGGAUCGCCGAAGAGGAGAAAAAAGACAGUGAGCUCCGCCACGACGAUGGUUUCUACUUCUACAGUAGUAUCCGAAGCUGGGUUGAAAAUGGAAAAUGCAGCUAGAUACCAAGUGGCAUCAAGUACACAUGGCGAGCAGCUACUGGUUAGCCAAUAAUACUAACAGUAAAUGCUUCACAAUUCUCAGGAAGGUGGGAAAAAUGAGACGAGAAUGAUACAGUGGAAUGUAGGUGUAAAAAUGUCCAUGAGCAUUUUUCAUAAUUUUGAAGCUGCUUGACAAGAGAAACAAAAAUAAUUUUAAAAAAAUUUGUUAGGCUUUGUGAAUACAAAGAAUCGUUAUUUUGUUUGAUUAAAGUUUUUUUUUCUUGAAUAGAAGUAUUUCAUAAUGUUUGUGGAUAUAUCUUUUGGUGCUUUUAUUUUUAUUUUAAUGAAAUUACGGAA